UCACGUAGCUGUUUACGGAAACAUUUUCACGUCCGCACGUGCACCAGUUUGUCACUUCUGCAAGGUACGUGAGGGCUCGCGUGCCCUCGGCUCGAAGGAAGGGGCAGGCUGUGCUCGGUUUUUCUCCCGAAAUAUAAACGAGUUCAAACUUAAUGUGUGUCGAGCGAUGAGGACUGUGCUCUGCAGCCAUCGUGGAGAAGUAGGAGGAGGUCCGGGCUUCAUUUUGCCCGUCUGACCUCGCGCGAACUGUGCAGAAGUUGUCGUCAGCUAAAAAGGCCCAGCUGGGUUGUUUGUGUCACUCCUUUGAACACGGAGCGGAUUUGUGACGCGUGGAAAGAUGAUUUUUAGGAGCAUUCACUCAGGGACCUGCAGAGCAUGGCUGUCCCGGGUUUCCCUGAGGCAGGAGCUGUGUUUCUUCUCCUCGGUGCCCCCACAACCGGUGCCUCCUCUGGCCCAAACCCUACAGGGCUACUUGCGGGCACUGGAGCCCCUGCUGCCCCCCGAGGAGCUGAGCCACACCCGUAAGAUGGUGCACGAUUUCGGCCGGGCGGGCGGGCUUGGUCUACAGCUGCAGGAGGGUCUGGAGAAGAGAGCCAGACUCAACAAGAACUGGAUCUCGGACUGGUGGGUGCAGCGGGCGUACUUGGAGAGCAGACAGCCUCUGCCCGUGCACUCGAACGCAGCUAUCUCUCUGCCCCGCAGAGAUUUUAAUGACUGGAGGAGCCAGCUGGUGUUUGCGUCCAGACUGAUUGCAGCCGUUCUGGACUUUAAGGCCAAAAUAAACACCGGGCAGCUGCCGGUCGAGUUCAUGCGAAGGAAGCCCCUAUGCAAGGAGCUCUACCCGCUCCUCUUCUCCUCCUGCAGGAUCCCCGGCCCCAAACACGACUACAUUGCUCACUACGGCCGCUCCCGCCGCUCACCGACGCACAUCACUGUCGUCAGGAACUACCAGUUCUUCCAGCUGGAGGUUUAUAACAGCGAUGGCUCGCGGAUGACUGAGAGUCAGAUCCACGGGCAGCUGCUCAGGAUCAGGUCUCAGUCUUGGAAGACGGACAAGGAGCCAAUGGGCAUCCUGACCAGCGAGCACCGCCACACAUGGGGAGAGGCUUACAACCGCCUGCUGAGAGAUAAACUGAACCAGGAAUCGGUGCGGAUGAUAGAGGCGGGACUUUUCUCCUUGUGUCUGGAUUCUCCAGUCAUGAGGAUAUCAGAUGAAAAGUAUGCGAGCCGCAAGGCCGCGCAGGUCCUUCAUGGCGGCGGGACGUUCUCCAACAGCGGAAACCGCUGGUUUGACAAAACGCUUCAGUUUGUGGUAGGCGAGGACGGCUCGUGGGGUCUUCUGUAUGAGCAAGCCACGGCCGAGGGUCCGCCUGUAGCGACGCUGCUGGAUCAUGUGAUCGAGUACUGUGAGAAACCGGACACAAAGAGGGCGCCACUGCUCCCGCUACCAAUGCCAAAGAAGCUUUACUUUCACAUAGACCGAGAAAUCAAGAGGGACAUCGAGCACGCCAAGCAGAACCUCGACAUCCUGAUCAAUGACCUCGACGUUAAUGUGUUCAACUUCAAGAAGUUUGGCAAGAAUCUUCCAAAGCAGCACCAGAUGAGCCCAAACUCCUUUAUCCAGGUCGCCCUGCAGCUCGCCUACUACAGAGUUCACAGUGAAGUCUGUUCUGCCUGCGAUAUCGCCUCUCAGAGGAUGUUUAGAGGAGGAAGGACCGAGUACAUCCGCUCACCCACCAAGCAGGGGCUCCAGUUCAUUCUGGCCUUUGAUAAUCCGUCCGUAUCGCGGGAAGCAAAGCAGGAGCUGUUCAGAGAAGCUGUAGAUGCCUACUCGGCUCUGACUGAAGCGGCACUUAAUGGACACGGCAUUGACCGCCACCUGCUGGGGCUCAAGCUGCAGGCCAUCGAGGAGGGCAUGAGCAUUCCCAAAAUCUUCAUGGACACGGCUUACGGGCUAGCAACACACUUUAAGCUCCGGACAGGACAGAUGCCUGCAAACAAUACGGACAGUGUGAUGUGUUUCGGACCUCUCGUUCCUGACGGCUAUGCCGUCUGUUACAACCCUCAGGCAGACCACAUCCACUUCUCCAUCACGGCCUUUAACUGCUGCGAGGACACUAACGCAGAGAGACUCGCUCGCACUUUGAGGGACACCAUGUGUCAUCUGCAGGAGAUGUUGCAGCCUACUGUGUAGAGCUGCUGCUACAGCAUCCAGCAGCGAGAUACCGAACAUUGUCUCUAAAGAAUAUUUUGUACAACUUUUGUAGGGGUGCUUUUUUUCUUUUUGGGUUAUGCUUGCCACUCACACUUCACUCGAGCAUUUAAUUGUGUGAGAACCUGGAAAAGAUCUCUGCAGCUCCCGGGUGCUUUUGUUGCUUAAAGUUUGGGUAAAGCGAUAAAUAUUUUUCUAAGCCGUCAAAUUUGCAUCGUCAUCGUUGCAUUUCGAAGCAUCGAAUUCCACAGCGUCUCUCAGUGAAAGCGAAACAACUCAAUGUGACACUCCAGCAUUAAUCAGAAACGUCUACGCGUGCACUCCUUUGUACAACUUGUGAGAUGACCUGUGUCCUUCAACCUUUCAUAUUUCACUUUUUCAUCAGAAUUAAUGGGAAAUUUGGAUUUUUUUUUUCUAGGUGAAAAGGUGGUUUGAAUGGACCAAAGGAGAGGAAUUAUUGAGGUUGAUGUGGUGUUUUUGUGUCUGAACGAGUUCAGACACAAAAACACCACAUCACCCUCAUCACCCUCACAAUAGACCUGAUCGUGAGAUGAAUUUUGAAUAAGCAUAAUUUUUUUUUUUUUUUGGUUUGUUUAUUUGGAGGAUCUUGUUCUGCACUCAACCUGCAGGACUGGUUAAUAAAGCCUGUGCUCACAUGAUUUCUCACUCAAAUUCUUUUGUCUAUGUAUGAGAGUGAGGAUUUCCAUUAAAAAUCUGACACUUUUUCAGCAAAGUGGCAUCACAGAAUCGCAGUUUUUCACACAAGAUGAUUUCUGCUACAGGGUGCCCCCUCCAAUGUUUAAAUCUGGACGCAAUGAGAUCUCAACUUUACAAACCUCAUCAGCAGAGCAUCUGAGCUGCCUACUUUAUGAAAGGUACAUUAAAUAACUACAGUGUAUGCAACCCGUCAUAGCAGACCACUACCUGAUGAAUAAAAGGAAAAGCUGACCCCUUCAGUCUAGAUCCAAACCACGUCAGCAAACUACCUCCCUUUAGCCUAGUUCUCCUUAGUGGUAAGGGUCACUGCAAAUCAAUACAACAUUAUCUGGAGUGAUAAGUUUAUCUCAUUGUCAUGUGAGUGGUUUCUACAAGGAUGAUGGUACUCCUGGCCAGUGUCAGGGGGGAAGGGGUCUGUGGCCGUAUAAUGUUUGAAAUUAAAAUUAAAGCAGAAAGACCUGUCAAAGCUGCAUGCCAUAAGUGAUCCUGCAUAAUUAAUAAAGCUGAUCAGUGGGUGGCCUGUACAGGCUGCACAAAUUUAAGGUAAUGAAACCUGCUUUAAAUAACAGAAUUAUAUGCUUAUAAAUGGUACGCUCAGAAAUACAGAUCCAAGUAUAAAAGUGCAAAAAAAUAUUUGGGAAAAAUGGGAAACAUGAAGUUGCAGAGGGGAUACGGCAACCUUUUUGAACAGGCCUGGACUCAUGAGGCUUUUCCAUAACGCCAAAGCUUGGAGGUCACUGAAUGGGUUGAAGAGUAUGAAAAUGAUCUGAGUCACCAGCUCUUAAUCCAGCUGAGCACUUUUUGAGGAUUUGGACUGGCUUUGUGGAGAGGUGUAUGAGAAGUGGUCAUCGUACUUCCACACUGCAUUAGAGUCUGUCAAGCAGCAUUGAAGAUGAAGAUGUACGUGUGGCCUAGCAUCCAGAUUAUUCCUCUUUGUUAUCUAUUUCUAUUUAUGCUUAUGUUGUGACUGAGAUUUAUGUCAAAGUUCAAAGGUCAGACUGAAUAAACAUGCCUGUAAACUGCAGCCUGACUGACUGUCAGAGGAAUGCAACAGUAAAAUUGUAAUUCCAGUUUACAACGGAGUAUGCACCAAAGGAGCAAACACCAUUGAAAGAGGGAACUGCUUGCAUCAUAUUAUUAUGGCUCUCGUGAUCAGUAGUUUUAUAGUUACGUAAAGUGAAACAUUUUCCCAGUUUUAGCUUCGUAUUAACUACCAAAGUUCUUAUUCGGUUCAGGUUUUUAAAACUUUGUUUUAUUUUUUGCAGAAACUCACAAAGUCGACAAAAUGUAUUAAACUUUUUUAGUGAAAUGCUUAUGAAACAUUAUUUAAAAAAAUAAAACGUAUUUAAAACUUG